AUGUUCAUCAAUAACGACAACCAAGGAGGUAUCUUCGGAGAUGCGAGAUGCGGACAGACAAAAAAGCAGGAAGCAGGAGUUUCGAAAGCGACCGGCCAAGACUCUCAGCUGUGCUUCACUUCGGCGGCAACGGCGGCGGUGAUCGUGCCGUUUCUGCGCUCUUAUUUAGCUGAGGUUCUCACCAAAAAAUACCCUGACACCGACCGAGCACCUCUCAGUUGA